GCGCUAUCCGAGUUUUGUUACUAGCAAAUAUGUCGGCGGCCUCUGGGAUUCUCCUAACCACAGACACUACGGACACGGAAAGUACCUGGAUGUCACGGGAUUACAGACUUCUGCAUUAUUAGAUCACCCGCAACACAGGGGAUUUUAACAACAACAAAGAUAUGGCUGUUUAAAUGGCUGGUGCUACCUGCGCUUGAAAUGAAAAUUAGCAUUGGCGCUGUGUAGCUUGUGGAGAGGACCUUGGCACCGCUUCUUUCUGGUGGAUUUCGGAUGCGAGGCGUUGUCCCUUUACGCCUGAAGCAAUCAUCCUUUACCUGCGCGUCUCUAUCGCUUUGUUUUUGGACACGGAUGCACAGACACAAGGUCUAACCAUUCCUUCUUCAGACUGGAUAUCAAUUGGAUACACGGACUGCAGACUACCAUCACCUGCUAAAAUCCUGCUUUACAGUUCCCUCUGAAAAGUCUGGAUUAAAAUCCACAAAUCAAGACAAACUUUUUUUUAAAUUUAAGUUGUUUAUCACUUAUGAACUUUGGGACUUUCCUCCAGAGAGAUGGACUCUUAAGGGACCGCUGUGGCUGGGUGUUAUCCAAGCCUGAGUGCUCCGACCUGGGCAGUAAAACCAAGACUUUCCCUGGAGGGAAAUAUGGAGAGAAAUGUAGCUCAGUGGCUAAUGUAAAUAGCAUUUGCCACUACACAUAGACGGCUAACACUGAAACAAGUUGUGAGCCAUUUGAACUUUCUACGAACUUCAAACUUGAUCUUGAAAUAUUUAUUAUUUACAUGGACACUAAUGGAUUUUCUCACAGAUGUUUUGGAAAAUGAAGGCACCACUAUCAUCUACUGCUGUUUGCACUGUCAAAACAAGCACAUUAUUUUGGAGGGUGGAGGAGAGGUGGUGUAAGCAAUCCACCUGCAAAGUAUAGGCAUGUCUCCUCGCAGGAAAACUAGGCUGCUCCACUGGCCCGUUCAAAGACUGCUGUUUUUAAUACGAAUUCGGGACUGCAAAAGUUGUACCGAUAUUUUCAACUAAGGACUUAUUUUUUAUUAUUUUGCCACAUAUAUUCACUGCUGAAGGCUGCAUUUAAACAGAAAAAAAUAUUAAUUUGUUAUAAAUUUGUUUUGCUACUUUCAACUUACUUUUUUGUGUUUUUGCUGCUUGUUCAUUCCCCAUGAAGUGUGCAAUACAAUAAGACCAUUAACAUCCCGUAAUUUGAAAAAUACUUGCCGAAAGGGUUAUUUUUAUUUUUUUAUUAGAUCUUUACAAAUUAACUUCAACUAAGAUAAUUGACUAAGCAAUUAUUCUUGAACCUUAUCUUGCUUUCAUAUCAGUUCCUUGCCACACCCGAGUUUCAAAGCGGUAGUAACUUGUCAAGCCACUUUUAAACAGUUUUAAGCAAGAAAAACGUCACCAACGUCUUUAAAUUGUGUAACUACUACUCUAUACUCAGUUUUAUUUGUAAUACUUUUAGGAUCAGUUUAUAUCCUUUUUGGCACAUUUCCUUGACAACCUCCAAAUUUAGCAGUGCUGUUUGCCACUCAUAACUAUAUUUUUGUUCUUAUUUGUAUAUUGUUUUCAAAAUACCACCAACACAUUGUAGUUUUAGGCAAGCCAACUUUUAAACAUUUUUUUCACUUCAUAUUUUUUGUACACAUUUUGUGUACAGUCUUUCCAUUGGCCUAGUUUUUAUUUUUAUAUUUUUUCUUUUGCAUUUGCAAAACCCAUUUGUGAACAUUCUUUCAUUAUUUGUAGCAGCAAUAUAUUAUUAUCAUUUUAUUAUUUUAAUUUUUUUUAUUACCAAUCAUAUUUUUCUUCCAUUUUGUAUUGGAUGAGAAUUUUUCAAAUUUUUUGCCCCAAUUCCCUGCAGCCAUGUUUGCCCCUCACCUGUUUUGUUGUGAAUGACAUCUAGCCCACCACCAUAGCUCCAGCCCCCUCCCAGGUUCAGUGAGGACGUGAUGCCCGGAGGAGGCAGUAGUAAAGGGGGGCGUGGUCCGUCCUCCUCCCCCCUUCCUCACACUGGAGUCCCAGCGCCCAGACCCCUCCGACCCUCGCGCUAUGUCCCUGUCUCUGCGGCAACAUUCUUCCUAGUCGGAUCCACCACACUGUUCUUCUGCUUCACGUGUCCGUGGCUGUCAGAGCGGUUUUCUGUUGCCGUGCCAAUCUACAAUGGCAUCAUCUUCCUGUUUGUUCUGGCCAAUUUCUGUAUGGCCACAUUCAUGGACCCCGGCAUCUUCCCCAGAGCGGAGGAGGAUGAAGAUAAAGAUGAUGACUUCCGCGCUCCUCUGUAUAAGACAGUGGAGAUCAGAGGGAUCCAGGUUCGAAUGAAGUGGUGCUCCACAUGUCGCUUCUACAGACCACCACGCUGCUCCCACUGCUCCGUCUGUGACAACUGUGUCGAGGAGUUCGACCACCACUGUCCAUGGGUGAAUAACUGCAUUGGUCGGAGGAACUACAGAUACUUCUUUCUCUUCCUCCUCUCCCUCACGGCUCACAUCAUGGCCGUGUUUGGGUUUGGGCUCCUCUUCAUCAUGUACCAUCGACAGAACAUUGACCGACUACAUGCCAUCGUCACUUUGGCUGUGAUGUGCGUGGCUGGUCUGUUUUUUAUCCCUGUGGCUGGACUCACUGGGUUUCACAUAGUUCUAGUGGCCCGAGGGAGGACCACCAAUGAACAGGUCACGGGGAAGUUCAGAGGAGGAGUUAACCCUUUCACAAACGGCUGCUUCAAGAACGUAUCUCAUGUUCUUUGCAGCUCACAAGCUCCCAGAUAUUUGGGGAGAAAAAAGGUUGUACAAAGCGUAUGUGUGCAGCCUCCAUUCUUAAGACCCCAGCUCACAGAGGCUCAGCUGGCGGCUAAGAUCCUGGACAAUGGGAUCCAGGGAGAGCUGCACAGGAGUAAGUCGAGUUUGGAGAUGAUGGAGUCCCAGUCAUGUGACGCUGAAGCUCCUCCUCCUCCCAAACCUGAGCUGCGGUACCCAGGCCUCAGCCGCGGAAACAAUGAGGAGUGCAGCCUCCUGAACAAAGCUCCUCCCACUCCCACCAUGUACAAGUACAGCCCUACGUACAGCCCUGGGAAGAACCACACAGCGCUAACACACGCUUAUGCUAACCAGCUGAGCCGAGGGGAGAGCGUCGGCAGCGCCCGUGACUCCUCCUCCUCCACCUCCUCCCUGCUCCAGUCCAGUCAGCAGCCCGGGUUCCGCUCCCAACCCAGCCUGGACCACCCACCGUCGGACCGCCCUGGGACCAACUCGGGGGGCGGUGAGAGGCGUGAUACUGGCAGAGACUCUGGCAUGCCUGGGUACACUUUGGGCGGGCGUUCAUAUCCUUCGUUUUCAGACGCUACAGUGCUGUCCGCUGUGGCUAGCUCCCGAUCCUCUAGCUCUGCUGCCACCGCUUCUACUAGCUUCAAGAGCUUAGCCAAUCAGACACCACCACCUCACCAAGCGACGCGCAAUGGGAGCCUAUCCUACGACAACCUGGCUACAGAUGAAUUCGAAAAGCAAGCGCCCAAUUCCACAACACCAUCUGUAGCAGGAGACAGAGCAGAGAUUUCGGCAACUUCUGGAAGGCCCUCGCCAUUUUUAACCACUCAGCAAGCGGUUGAAAUGCAGUCACCGCAUCAUCACCAUCACCAUGGACACCACCAUCAUCACCCUCCUCCCUAUCUUCACCGCUCCUCUUCAACGUCUUCGUCACCACAGUCGGCCCCUGACAUUUCUCCAAAUAACUCCGCUCCUCCCAUGUCCGCCCCUCCCCACCACCUUCACCACCACCACCACCAUCAUCAUCACCACCACUCCACGAACAGACCGCCACGUUUUGCCGCCGCUCCUGCCCCCCACGCCUACCCCUACCGCACCCGCUCUACAGAUACCCCCCCUAGCGGCAGUGGCACGCCAGCGCACCCUCCCCGCUCUCCGCACGCCCCGCCCCUUGGUAAAUCGCUGUCCUAUUCCAGCGCCGCUGCAGCUGAAAUGCAAUACAGGCUAGUGCGGAAGGCAUCUGCGUCGGCUAGCGCUAACGCGGCUAACACAGGAGGGACAGGGGGGAUGGGAGGAGGAGGAGGACAAAUUUCGAAGGAUGAGCCGAUUCCAAUGAAGCCUCUCGGAUGGACCAAUGGCGGCCAGGCUCUGUCCUCGAGCUCCGCCCCUUCCUCCCCCUCUCACCCAAUCAGCGUCUCUGCCCGACCUGGAGUAGCCUAUCCCGGCUCGACACUGGCCCAAAGUCCCACCCACAAACCUCAGGCCGGGACAGUCAAGAAAGUCACGGGAAUCGGAGGCACCACUUAUGAGAUUUCUGUUUAAAUUUUACGGAUUUAAAAACAGAAGAAGAAUUUUGUUGCUUAAAGACAGUCUUAAAUGCUGCUGAUAUCAAGUGACCAACGUGACCUUAAUUUCAACUUUUUUCCAUUGGGUUUGAACAAUUUUUUAGCCAUGCUGGUCAUUACGAUUAUGGCAAUUGCAUGGUUUUGUCUAAUAUGAAUUUAGUUUGACCACUGCCACUGCUAGGAGCUUUAAACCCAAAAAGUAUCUUUUAGAACAGCUCCUAUUGGCACCUCGUUUUGUCAUUGGAUUUUUAUUACACAACAAUGAUAUACUAUGGAAUCCAAUCGUCAAAAAAACGUUUUAAGGGCUUCCCAUAGUUGAAAAAUGCCAAUGUUUUGCAUGGACUCGUGGUAAUGCCGCCCUAGUUGUUCUUACUUCACAAAAGCUGCUGUCUUGCCCAGAAAAAAAAAUACAAAAAAAACUAAAAGGUGUUGUUUGGAAAAAUGCACAAGAAGCAAGAUUUUUUGGGGGAAUGUGGAGUUGGCACACAUUCAUCAGUGGACUUUCUACAAACUACUUUUUAAAACUGCACUUUCGACUCAAAAAAUGGGAGAAAAAUCUAACUUUUAAAUUGCAUUGGUUGAUCUGAUUUAAAUCCCCAAAUGAUUCCUAGAUGUGAAUAUGUUUGUACAGCAUUAUGUCAUUUUUAAAUGUCAAAUUUCUUUUAAGAAAUGAAUGGCAUUCCUCUGAACUGCAAGCAUGCGUUACUUACCACCCACAGCCACUAGAGGUCGCUGUGUCUGACGUGGACCACUUUUUAUUUUGAACAAACAUGAUUCAAUGAACAAGAAAUGUUUGUUUUAAAUUGUUAUUUUUUUCUUCUUUGUUAUUGUUGUUGUUUGGGUCCAAAUGAAAAGGCGUUUUUGUAGAAAAUUCUUUGAUCAAUUGCCUUGAAAUUCAAGUGUUGUUUUUUUAUUUCACUUAUUUAAUUUGUUUUAUAUGAAUUUUUAUUGAAAUAUAAGGUAGGUGAAGAGAUUUUAUGCAAGAAGCAGAAUAGACCAUUUUUGAAAACAUACCCUGUUUUGUAAUGUAACAGGAACUGCUAUAGAUUAAGUCAAAAUUACAAACUGACAGCCCCCUUGUCAAUACAAGUUUAUAGUUUGGCAAAAAAAUUGUCCAGUAAAUUGGUAAUUAUCAA